GAGGAGGAGCAGGAGGAGAAGAAGGAAGAGGAACCGGAGGCGGAGAAGGAAGAGCAGCAGGAGGAGGAGGAGCAGGAGGAGAGGUGAACGUAGCAGCAGUAGAAGUAGCAGCGUUGGACCAAGUGCCAUGGGGAACACGGCCACCAAGUUCCGCAAGGCGCUGGUGAACGGCGACGAGGCCUUGGCCUGGCAGCUGUACGAGGGGAACCCGCAGUUCAGGGACGGCCUGGACCCCAACGCCUCCUACGGAGAACCCUACCAGCACAACACAGCCCUGCAUUACGCCUGCAGACAUGCCAUGACCCGCCUGCUAAGGUCAUUCCUGUUCAGUAAAGAGGGGAACCCCAACAAGAGGAAUGUCCACAAUGAGACGUGUCUCCACGUGCUGUGCCAGGGCCCCCAGAUCCUGCUGCUGCCAGAGGGGGCGCUGUCUCCCAGGCUGGCCCGCCCGCAGAGAGACGAGCAGCGCAGGGCCGACUGCCUCCAGAUGAUCUUGAGCUGGACCGGAGCACGUCUGGACAGGGGCCAGUAUGAGAAGGCCAAUGUGAACGCCACCGACAACCACCACAGCACCUGUCUGCACUACGCCGCCGCCGCGGGAAUGAAGAGCUGUGUGGAGUUGCUGGUGCAGGGGGAGGCCAACCUGUUUGCGGAGGACGAGGAUAAGCUGACCCCGUGCGACCAUGCGGAGCGGUGCCACCACACAGACCUGGCCCUCAGCCUCGAGUCCCAGAUGGUGUUCUCCCAGCACACGCUCAACCGCAACAGCACGCGCUCCAACUGCAACACGCUGCGCUGCAAGGAGCCCUACGAAGGGCUGAAACUGCAGGACCUCAGGAAGCUGAAGGACAUGUUGAUCGUGGAGACGGCAGACAUGCUCCAGGCUCCCCUCUUCACCGCUGAGGCCCUGCUUCGAGCUCACGACUGGGACAGGGAGAAGCUUCUGGAGGCCUGGAUGUUAGACGCGGAGGACUGCUGUCAGCGCUCUGGGGUGUCCAUGCCGGCCCCGCCGCCCAGCGGCUGCAACGCCUGGGACACGCUACCUUCCCCACGCACCCCGCGCUCCCCCCUCACCCUCACCCUCACCUCCCCUACCGACAGCUGCCUCACGCCAGGAGACGAGGGGCUGGCGCAGUGUGGCAUCUGCCUGUGCGCCAUCUCUGUGUUCGAGGACCCCGUGGACAUGUCCUGUGGCCACGAGUUCUGCCGAGCAUGCUGGGAAGGUUUCCUGAAUGUGAAGAUCCAGGAGGGAGAAGCUCACAACAUCUUCUGCCCAGCGUAUGACUGCUACCAGCUUGUGCCAGUCCAGGUCAUCGAGAGCGUGGUGUCUCGAGAGAUGGACCAGCGCUACUUGCAGUUUGACAUCAAGGCGUUUGUGGAGAACAACCCUGCCAUCCGCUGGUGCCCGGCGGUGCGCUGCGAGCGCGCCGUCCGCUUGACCAGGCCCGGGCCGGGCACCUCCGACGCCUUCCCCCUCCUGCCCUCCCCGGCCGUCGACUGUGGCAAGGGACACCUCUUCUGCUGGGAGUGCCUUGGGGAGGCCCACGAGCCGUGCGACUGUGACACGUGGAGGAUGUGGCUCCAGAAGGUGUCGGAGAUGAAGCCGGAGGAGCUGGCUGGUGUCAGUGAUGCCUACGAAGACGCCGCCAACUGCCUAUGGCUGCUGACAAACUGUAAACCCUGUGCCAACUGCAAGUCUCCCAUCCAGAAGAACGAGGGCUGCAACCACAUGCAGUGUGCCAAGUGUAAGUACGACUUCUGCUGGAUCUGUCUGGAGGAGUGGAAGAAGCACAGCUCGUCCACCGGAGGCUACUACCGCUGCACACGCUACGAGGUCAUCCAGCAGCUGGAGGAGCAGUCCAAGGAGAUGACCGUGGAGGCCGAAAAGAAGCACAAGAGUUUUCAGGAGUUGGACCGCUUCAUGCACUACUACACACGCUACAAGAACCACGAACACAGCUACAGGCUGGAGCAGAAACUACUGAAAACCGCCAAAGAGAAAAUGGAGCAACUUAGCCGAGCCUUCAUCGGACGUGAGGGCGCCUCUCCAGACACCAGGUUCAUUGAGGACGGCGUGUGUGAGCUGUUGAAAACGCGGCGCGUGUUAAAGUGCUCUUACCCCUACGGCUUCUUCCUCCAGCCGCGCUGCACGCAGAAGGAGAUCUUUGAGCUCAUGCAGACGGAUCUGGAGAUGGUGGUGGAGGACCUGGCACAGAAAGUUAACAGGCCGUACUUGAGGACGCCCUGCCACAAGAUCGUCAGCGCCGCGCAGCUGGUGCAGCAGAAGAGGGCAGAGUUCCUGGCCUCCGUUGCCAGGGGCGUGGCACCCAACGACUCCCCUGAGGCGCCCCGCAGGAAUUUCCCUGCUGGUUCCUGGGAUUGGGAGUACCUCGGAUUUGCAUCCCCUGAGAUGCUAAGGAGUCACUCUGUGCUUGGAGGAGAAGAACAGAGAGACAGACAGACACAGGAGUAUGCAGACGUCCAGUACCGUCGUCGACACCGGCAGAGACGCAGGGGAGACAUGCUCAGUCUGCACAGCCUCCGAAGCAACAGCAACACCCCCGAGUCCAACCGGAGGAGCGACAGUAUAGAAGGCCAGGACAGGACUGCAGAAGGUAGGAGGCGAGCGCUGGGCUCGAUGGACGAAGACGACCCCAACAUCCUCCUGGCUAUCCAGCUCUCCCUCCAGGAGUCCCGGAGAGACAGGGGGACAGAGGGAGGGCGGGAGGACCGAGGGACCCGACUGGAGCCGGACUCUGUGCUGGAGCCGGAGAGGAGGCCGACCGAGAAACGGAUGCCCGAGAGAGGAGUGGGCGGUGCCAGGGUGGGGGAGGGGGCGGCUGUGACGGAGGGGGCGUCGGGUUCCCACCUCUCCUCUCUCCCAGAGCCCCCCCGCCCCCCCUCCAGGACAGACAGCACGCCUCCCCUCCCCCCUUCCCUCAACCACCUCCCCCCCGUCCCCCCACCUCCCCCCAGCCUCUGCGGUGAGCUGCUGGAGCUGGGAGACAGCCUUAUGAAGUUGGGGAACAUCACGACGCCCUACCACCUGGAACAUGGCUACACGCACGCCAAACCCUACUCGCCCCACGACCACCUCUACAACCGCCUUCCCAUCCCCGCUGACCGCAGCUACGACCGCAACCGCGACCACGUGGACCCCAGCACCUUAAUCACGGCAUACACGCAGGACCGAAACGCUGGGACUGCUCGAACUCCGGACCACAGUUAUGACCGCAACCACAACCAGAGUCACUGCCAUUCCAGCCUGUACGCCCCUGAUCUGGAACGGACCACACCUUACACACUCGACGCCAAACCCAAUCCGAACCCCGACCAUCCUAAACCUUGCGCACUCACACACAACCCUAACCCCGACCUUCCAACCCCAUAUGCACCAGAAAACAACCCUGAUCACACUAUGCCCUGCAGCCUAGACCAGAACCCGGCCCCCCUCUCCCAACCCCCUGUCCAGCUGUGCCUCUCAUUCCCAGACCUCCUGCUGUCUCCAGUGGUUCCCCCGGGGGGCGCCUUCACCCCUAGCGACCCCGACUGCCUGGAGCCUCUGGACCCCAUGGCUAGCACCCAGCUACUGGACACCAUCAUGGCCUGGUACCACCCCCAGAACUGCCCCCAGGACAUGAGCCUGGUCCCCUCUGACACCCCGCCCACCACGGAGACAGACUCCCCUGAACUCUCCCCGCAAGACCAGGCAGAGGACCUGCCGGAAACCCAGAGCACCUCCACCCAUGGCAUGGAGGCCCCGCCACACCUCCAGCAGCCCCAGGACAGUGAGCCGGAGGGAGGCAGAGGCCAGGCUAGCUCCCCCUGUCCAGGGAGCCCUGAAGCUUUGAGACCCAGCACGCUGGAGCUGGAAUGCGAGAGGUGUGUGGAAAGGCCGGAGGAGGAGGAGGAGGAGGAGGAGGAGGAGGAGGAGGAGGAGGAGGAGGGGGAGGAGCGUGUGGACCUGUUGCUAGAUGCAGCAGACGCGCAUUCGCUCGGCGCAGGCGACGCUCCCACGGAGGCGGACCGUGAGCUCCACUGAAACAGGCCGCAGCCUUCUCUCUCAGAUGCUGCCACCCGAGGCGCAGGUGGAGCGAGUGCGCCUGGCGUGACGGCACGCAAAACACCGAUUUUUGUUUGAAGCGACAAAGGAGGAAAGAUGAGCAGAGACAGGACGGAGGAAGUGAGAGGGGCGCAUGGACGGAAAGAGAGGGGGAGAGUGACGAUGUGGGGCGUCCACUUUUGAUGAUGUCAUGAUCCGUGCGACGGAAAGAGCCUUUCCAGCCGCUUCAAAAGCAACUUUGGUUUGUUCUGUUCUGGCCGCCUCUUAUGUUUGACUUCCUUUCUCCCGUGUAGGCUCUUUGUUAAUGAAAAUAAAACAAAAAAACAUUGACAUUAUUGACUUUGAGGCAGUCUGACCUGCAGUAGAGAGAAAGGCUAAACUGAAGUGUGCUCUUUGAUCCCUGUAGUAGCCUAACCACAUAUCUCCAAUUGAAGGGGGUUUGUUAUGAGUGGUUGGUGGUAUUAUGAAUGAAAGGGUCACCACCAUGGGCCAGUCCUGCUGUCGGGUCAUGAGACAUGGGCAUUUUUAAGUGGGCUAGGGUGUUUUCAAAUGGUUACUUGA